CUUGCCACCAAAGAGAUGAUGAAUGACACCGGGGAUGUAAAGGAAGUCUUGAGCAGAAAAAGGCAGAUGGAAAAAGAAGCAAAAAUGCCUUGAUGAUUCUCCGAAUGUUUGAGACGUUUAAGACAUGCCAUCAUUGCUGCACCUUAUGCUUUUCCUUUUUACAAAUUUUAUCAUAAACAAACAGACAAAAUCAUAAAUCAAACACACACAAAGAUUAUCAUAUAUACUUACAGAGGAGCUUCACUCACCCCUUAGUUUGUUAUCCCAAUGGCAAUUUCGCCUGAACCCACGUCCGAAAACCAGAUUGAUUUCCGUGCCCCGCCGCCUUCUCCAAUAGCUGCCGGCCGCCGAUCGACCGUCACGAAUGACGAAAUCCUCACCGAAUUCCUCCAUCACUCGCUACGUGUUCCCGACCUCAUCUUGCCCGAUAAGGUCUUUCCCCGCCAAAAGUUCACCGAAAGCCCCCCGGUAAUUGAUUUUCAAUCCUUAAAUUCCAAGGAGAGUGAUCCAAUACGCAAGAUUUUGGAUUCCAUACCCGGAACUGGGUGCUUUCAGCUAGUGAACCACGGAAUUCCGCUUGAAACUAUAGGUGCAGCAUUGGCGGUGGCCACCGGAGUUUUCCGUGUCCCGCUGGAGAAGAAGGCGGCAGUGACGAGGUCUUUGGAAAGGCCAUAUGGGUUUGAGGAAGGUCAUGGAGAGGAGGGUGAGAGUGAAUUUAGUGAAGAGUUUGUCUGGUGUAGAGAUGAAGUCUUGAAGUUGAAAAUGGAGGGAAUUUGGCCACUUGGGUAUUCAAAUUUCUGUGAGAAAAUGGAAACCCUUUUGUGGGAGAUAGAGAAGGUUGCUGAGAAAAUUCUACUAGCCCUCUGGGAAAGUUCUCAAAGAAGAUCAAUUUGUGGAAAUGAUAUGAUACAAGGGCAAGAAGUUGGGUCAGUUUGUUGUCUCUACAAGCAUAGCAGGAAUGUUCCAGCUGAUCGAUGGUAUGAUGUGAUUAGGAUGCUGAUAAGGGGCACUGAUUUCUCUCAUGCAUUAUGUUUGCAUGUAUGUGCUGGGGCUUCAGAGUUCCAUGUUUACUCCAAGAAAGGCUGGGUAUCUUUUAUCCCAGAUAAAGGUGCUCUAAUCAUCACAGCUGGAGACCAAAUCCAGGCAUUGAGUGGUGGGAAUUACAAGCAUGUGAUAGGAAGGCCAAUCUUUGAAGAUGAGAAAGAGGACAGUAUAUCAAUGGCUUUCCUCUAUUCACCUCCAAGCACCAUCAACAGCAGCAACUCCAAAACCAAAAGGGAAAAGUCUGUUUCUCUGGGUCAACAAGCCUUGGUGGCUUUAGUUUUGACUCUUAUAUACCAAUUUUUCGCUUACAUGUUCAAGAAAUUUUGAUGUUGUCAUCUUUCCAUCAAUCAAUGAGAUUAAUGUAUAUACUUUUACAGUUGCCUAAUGGGGCAGAUGUCAUUUCAAUGAGGCCAAUGGAUGGGAUUGAGCUUGACAUCGUUUAUCAUGUGGAGCUACCAAAAGGCAUAAGAGUGUAAUUAGUUCCUCUUAUCAGCAUCAUCACUAUGAUUUGAUGAUGAUAAAGUAUCUAGUAUGCCCAAGUUUCUUUGUGA